GUUUUCUAGUAGAAUCCUGGUUUAAACUUAAGGCUCUUCAAUUCAGUUUCCUUGAUUCCAAGGAACAUCAUGGAUUACUAUGGAAAGUAUGCCAUUGCCAUUUGUGCCUUGUUAGCUGUGUCUCUGAAUAUUUUUCAAUCAUUGCCAGAGGAAGAGUUUAUCACACAUGAUUGUACUGAAUGUAAACUAAUCUUGAACACUUACAUGACCAGAGUGUUCAAUGGCCGACCUGUGUACCAAUGUGCAGGAUGUUGUUUCUCAAGAGCUUAUCCAACUCCCAUGAGGUCAAAAAAGUCCAUGCCCGUGCCGAAGAACAUCACUUCAGAAGCGAAAUGCUGUGUGGCAAGAGCUUUCAGAGAGGUUUUCAUUCCAAAUGAUCGAACUAGGAAGAUCGAGAAUCACACUGACUGUCACUGCAGCACCUGCUACUAUCAUAAAUCUUAAUUCCUCUACAACUGGACAACAGAUUCCUCUGCAGCUGGACCACAGAUAGCUCAGAAUGAAAUUUUAUCAUAUCCUAAAUUUUUGUUUUCCUUAGUUUUGUAGUGAAAUUAUGUAUAUUCCUAGGUUUUCGCAUAGGAGUGAUCCUUCUGAUCAGCAUGUUAUGAAUACUCUGCUGUUUGUUCUCUAUGUGCU